CCCCGCCGCCCGGCCGCCCAGCCCGGCCCCGCCGUGCGCUCGCCCCGCCGCGCCGCGCCCGCGCCCGGGUCCCGACUUCCCCUCGCGACUUCCCAGCCCGCACAACCCGCGCGCCCCCGCCCCCGGCCGGCCGCCGUUCCGCCCCCGCCGCGCCCGCUGAGGCCGCCAUGAGGACCGCGCGCUGGCUCGCGCUGGGCAGCCUCCUCGCCCUGGCCGGGCUGCUGGAAGGCCGGCUCGUGGGCGAGGAGGAAGCCGGCUUCGGUGAAUGCGACCGGUUCUUCUACGCCGGGACACCGCCUGCGGGGCUGGCGGCCGAGCCCCACGUGAAGAUCUGUCAGCGCUUCGAGGGCGCCGAGCGCUUCGCCACCCUGUACAGCCGCCGGGACCGCAUCCCCGUGUACUCGGCGUUCCGCGCCGCGCGCCCCGCGGCUGCCGGCGCCGAGCCCCGCUGGCUGGUGGAGCCGCAGAUCGACGACCCCACCAGCCACCUCGAGGAGGCAAGUGAUGAGGCUGAUGCCGUCACCUCUGUGAACAGCCUGGGAAGCCAGCAGGCCCUCAGCACAGAUUACUUGGACUCCGAUGAGCAAAGCGGACAGGUGUACCCAGUCUCCCUUAGCGAUGAUUUCCAAGUGGCUACGUUCGCGCUCACAAACGCAGCUCCGAUGGCCCCGUCCUUCCGCGAGCGGUGGUACCGGGAUCUGCGCAGCCUGAUGGAGCGGGCCCUGACCCCGCAGUGCGGCGGCGGGGCGGACCUGUAUAUCCUUGCCGGCGCCGUGCCCUCCCGCCGCAAGGUCAAGGACAGAGUGGCCAUCCCCGCGUUCGUCUGGCUGGCCGCCUGCUGCGCCGCGCCCGGGGCCGGCUGGGCCAUGGGCUUCGUCCAGCACGCGCGCGACGGUGACAUCAUAGAGGAUGUGAUGGUGCCCGAGCUCGAGAAACUGCUUCCGUCCAGCCCCCGGCUGUUCCAGGACAACUGCGGCGAAGCCCAACAGGACACGGAGAGAAUGAAAAAAAUCCUGGAAGUGGUUAACCAAGUCCAGGAUGAAGAGCGAACGGCGCAGACCAAAGAGGACGCUCGUCCUCUCUCCGGCCCCCAGGGCGAGGGCUCCGCGCUGCUGCCUCCGGAGCCGGCUGAGGAGGGGAGGGGCCUUCUGGGCAAGCUGAUGGGCCUCCUCGCCACGCCCGUCAUCAAGCUUUUCCAACUGUUUUAUUACAUUGCCGUGGGCGUCCUGAAGAACAUUAUGUACGUCCUGUGGUUUGUUACCAAGCAAGUGUGUAACGGCAUAGAAAGUUGCCUUUACCACUUGGGUUCAGCCACCAUCUCCUACUUCUUGGCCAUCGGGGAAGAGUUGGCCAGCAUUCCCUGGAAGGUACUCAAAGUCACGGUCAAAAUCAUCAGGGCCGUUCUACGGAUCCUUUGUUGUCUGCUGAAGGCUGUUUGCCGCAUUCUGGGCAUUCCGGUCCGAGUCCUUGUGGACGUGGCCACUUUCCCCAUGCACACCAUAGGCGCGGUUCCACUUGUGUGCAAGGACAUCGCCAUGGGCCUGGGCGGCACCCUCUCUCUGCUCUUUGACGCUGCUUUUGGCACUAUGGGGAGCCUGUUUCAGGUUAUUUUUAGUAUCUGCAAGAGGAUUGGCUACCGGGUUACUUUUGACAAUUCAGGGGAGUUAUAGAACUCAAAAACACUAGCAGGGUCCAGUAACAUUGAAUUUGAUUUUUUUUUUUUAAUAGAGAAAGCUGGAAUAUUUUGUCUUUACAAUGGGUUUCUGUUUGCUCUCAAUUACAUUAUAUCUUGGCCUGUGGUAGGGGUAUUUGCAUGUUUUGCAAAGGAAGAUGGUAUAAUUUAGACUUGACCAAAGAGAGAUGUUGAGAAUGGGCUUAUGGGUAGGUAGAUCAUCUGUGAGAUAUGGGCAAACUUCCAAACCAUUAUAAUCUUCCUUCACUCUGCUGCUAGAUGGACCGCUUGAGAUACUCUGGUGUUCAUUUCUGAUAACUAGGAAUUACAGAGAAGGGAAGAAUUAGGAAGGAGACAACCUUAACCCAAAGAGUUUCUGAGAGAGUGGGGUGGGAAUCUUGUUUCUGUUAUGAGGUGUGAGGCACAACUUAUAUAAUGUUGCUGGUCGAUUUGUUUUCAUUUGCUUCUCUUUCUUUCUAACUCAGGUGACCUUGGUGAAGUGCAGACAUGCUUUCUUGUUAAAAUAACUUUCUUAGGGACAAAGAUUUGCUAAUAUCCCUGAGCUUUCCAUGGCUUUGAAGGACGUGUAAGUUUUUGUGUUUUUUGUUUUCGUUUGUGUGUGUGUGUGUGUUUAGUUGUUUUUUUUCCCCCCUCCCAAGAUGAGUUUUGCUGCAUUUUUUUUUAAGUUAAUGAUAAGCAUUUUGUGUUAAAUGUGGCAUAACAAAGUUUGAAUGCAAGGGCGAAAAUUGUUUGCCCUUUGAACAGUGUAGCACAGUCUUCUUGGGCAUAAAGAGGAGAGUACAAAGUUCAGAACCCUGCUCUGAGUAGGUGGUGUAGGUUUGAGAAUCCUUAGCUAAGCUUGGAUUAAUUCGACAUAGAUUAAGUCUCUGGCUGACAAGAAUGAGCUCAAAGACUGAUAUGUUAGCCAAUAGGAAAAUUUGUACUCUCCAGCAUUCUAGGUCAGUCUUUGUUAUGCCUCAGACAAGUACUCAUUAUAGUAAAAUACUCUGACCUCUAUCCUUAAAUGAUUGUUUUGGUAUAAAUGUAUACAGAAGAGCCACAGAAGAAGAAAACAACUAUUCUAUCCAUUUCAGAAAAAAACAAAUAACCCAUAUCCAUAUAUAAGUUUAUAUAAGCAUAAACUUGAUUAAGAAUCACCGUGUCUUAGGAAAUUCAUUUUAUAGUGUGUUUGAGGCUAGAAAACACAACUCUCCCAUUAAUGCAAUUUUGAUUUGGGAGCUAAUCUGAUCAAGCACUUAUCAUUUUAAAUCUUGCCCUAAAGGAGAAAGCAGCAUCUUCCAAACUGCUCUGCCUUCCACAGCUGAAAUGGAAUCAUCUGGAUUUUUCUGAACAUUUUAAAGAGUUGCCAUGAGAUAGAAAUGGGCCAAAUAAACAAUACUUCCAGAAGGUAGGUAGAUCAGAAAUGUGAGUGUAGUGAGUUCCAUUUUGGAGAAAAAGAAUUGAAUCACACCCAGAGUAGAUCAGUUGGUGAGACAGUGUUGGGGAUUAUGAACACCAUACUGGUCCAUGGUAGGGGGUGUCGCACUAGACUUAUCCAAGAAUCUUAAGCAGCAUUUUAGCAACACUUCUGUUUGUGAGUGUAAGACUCUGUAGUGGGCCUCCCUUCAUUUCAGCCGUGUGGAGGUACGUGGAAGGGUGAAGGUUUGCCUUGGUACUGAUGGGUCAAGAAUCCUGUUGGAUGAAAGGAAGGGAAGCUUUAAAGCCACCAGAUAGAUGGUCUGGCCAAAUCUUCAACUGAUAAAGAAACGGAGGCACAGGGAGGCACCAGGCUUGUCUUUAGUUUCUCUGCUGGCUCAUGGCAGAUCAGGAGCCAAUGUCUUUCACACAUGUCCCGUCGCACCUGGGAUGUCAGAUAUGGUGGUGUGUGUGUCAGUACUCAGCUGCCUCCCUGGUUUUUUUCCAUCACCCAACCAACAGAGCCCAAGCCCUGGCUCAUCAAUCGGAUGGAUUGAGCCUAUGGGAUGAAACCAUUAGCCGUCCAUGCACAGCACCAUGCUUCCUGCCCCCGCCCCCCGAAGAAUGUUUGUUCCCUCACAGUAUGUAUUUGCAUACUGAUAGGCCCAGAGAGGGCAUCUAUGGAAGCUUGAACCCCUUGGCACCAGGCAAGGAACAGGGGCAUCCAAACCGCCUCUUGAGAGCCAUUUGGAAAUGCCUUCUUUUCACUUCUAGUUGUUUAGUGUCUUAUUUAUUUUUGUGUGGCCUUUUGUGAAAUCUGGGAAUGGAUAAAAAGGCAAAAUAAACCCUUAGGGUGAGGUAGCUGAGCCUGAUUUAUGGACACUGACACCAGCAGGUGGCUGGAUGGUCCUUCCAAGCUGCUUUGAGCUUUGAGGUGAGAAUUUGGAUUGAUGACCCCUGUCUUUAGCUUGGAAGAUUUUUCUGUCACUCUGUUAUGUUCUCGGGCCCUGGGGAAGUCAGCUCUUCAUUAUUACAGAGCUAAUUUCUAGUCUAUGGAUGAGCCACGCCUUUGCCCCCCCCCCUCUUUUCCAUUGUGCCUUUUGAAUGUUGGCUUCUCACUCCCCAUCAGCACUUCCACCUACAUGCAGACUAGGGAGUUGGGAGAAGGACCUAGAAUGAAGCACUCACCAUUCUGUCGGUCAUUCAUCUGUCAAACAUGGAUCCCGUCCAAGAUUCAAAACCUUAAUUUGAACAUGAAGGUUGCAGAGACCAGCAAUACAUGGAUCCCGUCUUGGAGGAGUCCAGAAACCUAGUGGAGUGGACCCAUGGUGCUGUUGACCGCUGAAACACAGUGUAGGAGUGCUGCAGAAUCGGUUCCAGCACGUGCUCUCUGGAGCACAGGAACAAAGCCCACAAGACCAUGGAAAUAAGGGAAGCCUUAACAGAGGGUGUGACAAAAGUUACCUUGACAUUUUCAGGCUAUGUACAAUGCUGUGCACCUUGCAAUGCUCAAUAAAGUAAUCAUUGACAACUCA